AUGCUGCUGCUGCUACCGCUGCUGCCGCUGAUGGAAAUGAUGCCGUUCUCUCGGCUCGAAGUGCUCAUAGUCCUCUUUGAUACCUCGCUCUUUGACAACGAUUUGGCUACCCGCGUGUGCAAUGCAGACGGCGCCGCGUUUGCCAUUGGUGAUGGGUCAGGCGGCGAAGCGUGCUCGGCGACAAAGCUCGUCAACUGCAAUGGCGUGUGCUCAGCUGCAAUGCUCUGGCCCGCAGCCAAGGCUAGCUUUAUGACCGACCAGGUGCUCCCGGCCGUCGCCGAUCGCCUCUCGGCCGCGCUCUCGGUCAUUUCGCCUGCGGCGAUUGUGUUUGCGGCGCAGGGCGGGACCGACUGUGGUGCAUCCGACUAUGGUCCGGCCACCAUUCCGCAGUCGUACAUCGACACGCCGACGACCUCGGCCGACGUGGUCAUCUUUGUCACCCGCCGGCCGAUGCUGGGCGGCGCGCAGGCGGUCGGCGUCGAGUGCUUGCAGAACCAGCUCGGCCGCCCGCUGGCGGGCCACCUCAAUGUGGCGCCGCAGUACAUUGACCCGAACGACCUGCAGGGUGCCGUCGAUGUUGUCCUCCACGAAGCGCUGCACAUUCUCGGAUUCUCGUUCUCCAAGUUUUCGGCGUACCUCAACGAGUUUGGCGAGCUCUACGCCGACGAGUCGCCUGCGCGGCCGGUGGUGGCGUCGACGACAACCUCAUUUGGCAAUACUAUCCGCCGGCUCAACACGCCGCGCGUCACAGCUGUUGCCCGCCAGCACUACGACUGCGCGCGGGCCGUCGGCCUCGAGCUCGAGGACGGCGGCGGUGUCGGCAUCUUCAAGUCACACUGGGAGAAGCGCCUGCUGAUGAACGAGAUCAUGACCGGCCGCUACGAGUCGCUCCCGCCGCCGGCCCUCUCAGUCUUCACCCUUGCUGCGCUCGAAGACUCGGGCUGGUACGUCGCCGACUACUCGACUGCCACCCCGCUGCGCUACGGCUUCCGCCAGGGCUGUGAGUUUUUCGAUGGCCAGUGCUCGACUUGGACCGGCGACGGCUACUACUGCAACACGUCGACACCCGUCGGCUGCAACUUUGACCGCUCGGCAAAGUCCGAGUGCAUCGUCACCGAGUGGGCCAUCAUCCCCUCGGCCUUCCAGUACUUCAACAACCCGACGACCGGCGGCUACUCGGAGCUGGCAGACUUUUGCCCCAUCUACACCCCGACGUCGGACGGUGCCUGCGCCGAGCUGGCUAACGCCGCCGUCGCCUCGCCAGGCGCCGAGCAGUUUGGUGCCUCGUCCAAGUGCUUCCUCUCCACCGUCCGCAACAUGUCGCUCAGCUACACUGGGAACCUCGAGCCGCGGUGCUACCUUUCCACCUGCGCCGGCGACGAGACGUCGGGCUACACCCUCUCCAUCUCGGUUGGCGGCUCGGCGCCGAUCACCUGCCCGGCCCGCGGCGGCAUGAUUGAGUUUCCGGGCUUCCAGGGCGCCGUCCAGUGUCCGCCCGCCGCAGAAGUCUGUCGCACCCCGUUUGUCAACCGUCCGCCGGUUCCUACCGGGUCUGCCGCCAUUACCGGCCCCUCGCUGGUUGUUAUUGCCCUUGCUGGCAUCCUGGCGGUCCUUGGCGCCGCGCUGGCUUGA